ACGUGGACGAAAGUCCCGAGAGAGUUAAAAAUGCCCCCCCCCCCUAAAUUAGACUUUACCCCAAAACGUGGAGCGGCAAGCAACCUAGCAAUGCAUCCAUUGCGGGAUGAGAUAAAUUGAAAGAUAUGAGUUGCGUACGGAACUUGUAUGCAUGUGCAGCAUCUGUGUGGUGCGGGUGGGCGGCGCACCGAGGGGACUUUUGGUGUAUUCUUGGGUCCUGCUGUGUUACUUAACUUGUCUGUCGGUCUGUCUGCCCAGACGGCACGGCCGGGUCCUUCGCGGCAGCUGCGCGGAGGGAGGAUUGGGGGAUUUGGGGAUUUGGGCUGCACGGGACUCGGGAGUGGGACUUUGUGUAAGUAGUGAGAUAGGGGUAGGGGGAAAAGGUCAAUGAGAUGGAUGGCCGUCUUGUGUUCUUCUUGUGUCUAUUCUUGAUUGCGCUGUAUUUCGCCCCUUCGUUCUGACACCUUUGGCGCAAUCGG